GGGAGGGGAGCGGGGGAGAAGGGGGAGCAACAGUGGGGGCAGUGGGGGUCUGGCUGUGUUCUUUCCCCUCUGUCUAUGUGCGAAUGCACAGACGGUUCAGUAGUAAUUUGAUGUGUGUCCCCGGGGACAUUUGAUGGAUUAAAGCUAAGCAGCUCCAUUUCGCAGCACCACCUGAUCUUCCACUGCCUGUGCCCCAUAUAAAGGCUGGCGUGAUUGCUGAUCUCAGCUAGUCUGACAGUCUCUCUCUCCCUCCUCUCUCUGUCUGUCUCCAUCUCGUCUCUUCCUCACUGGUCCCUUAAGCCUGCUGCAUCACAGGAGCUAUCCAGUGCUGAACAGGAUCGCUUUUAUUUUUUAUUUUUUUAUUUUUCUGGGGGAAGCUGGGGGAGCCAGAGUAUCACAUAGCAUCGCCGUCAGCCCUUUUCUCUACCGGCUUCCAUUUUCUUUCUUAUCUUAUGUUUUUGGCUGUUGUCUCCACAUUAAUCGCAAGGAUUACCGUCCGGCCGGCGCUGCUCGCGUGCUUCCUCAGCAGGUUUUUUUGCUUUUCUCUCAUGUGUUUUUCUCAGCGCUGUGUUUUGAUCCAUUGAAACAUGCCACGCUCAUUUUUGGUGAAGAAGAUCAAGCUUGAUGAUUUCUCUUCGUCCAAUGUGGCCACUUCCAAUCACCAUCACCACCUGGACGACUCCUUCACGUUCACGCGCUCCAUCACAGACUCGGUGACCAGCCUCGGGGUUCGUCUCAGUGAAAAUGGCUACAUCCAGGAUUACAUCACACCAUCUGUAUACCAGGGGGAGAAAAAGAUGGAGCACAAGCUGGCCUCGCCAGUGUCAGACCCCCUGUACACCCAGGUCAGCGGCGGGGAGGAGUACUGCGACCCUGACCUGAAGCACCCUGACAGCCCCCAGUCUGGCAUGACCGCCAGCGGCUUCUACAGUGGUGAAUCGGAGGCCCUGGCCGAGGGUUACACCAUGGAUGCCUUCUUCAUCUCCGACGGGCGCUCGCGGAGAAAGGGCGACGGCGAGAGUCGUGGGGGGGGCUCCAGGAGCAGCAGUGCCAACGGCAGCGGCGGCGGCGCCCAGGAGAGGGGCGCCGGGACGCCCCGCCACAUCUGCAACGAGUGCGGCAAGACCUACGCCACCUCGUCCAACCUCAGCCGGCACAAGCAGACGCACCGCAGCCUGGACAGCAAGAUGGCCCGCAAGUGUCCCACCUGCAGCAAGGUGUACGUGUCCAUGCCGGCGCUGGCCAUGCACAUCCUCACCCACGACCUCAAGCACAAGUGCGACGUGUGCAGCAAGGCCUUCAGCCGGCCGUGGCUCCUGCAGGGCCACAUGCGCUCGCACACGGGGGAGAAGCCUUUCGCCUGCGCCCACUGUGGCAAAGCCUUCGCCGACCGCUCAAACCUCCGCGCCCACAUGCAAACACACUCUGCCUUCAAGCACUACAGAUGCAAGCGCUGCAAUAAGACCUUCGCUCUCAAGUCCUACCUGAACAAGCACUACGAGUCCGCUUGCUUUAAGGGCUCCGCAGACGAGGACGACUCUGGAUCAGAGAACUAAUCACGAGGAAGACCCCCCCCCACCCCCCAGUUGUUGGUUCGCAGCCCACAACCCCGUUCACUCUGCCCUCCAUGCCUUUUUUCCUCCCUUUUUUAGAAAGCAAUAUUUUCACUGAGAUUACGUGAAGAAACUGAUUAUGGCAAAGACAAUUUCAAAAAGAUGCUGGAUUUUUUUCCCUGCACAGUAGCUAAUCUUCCACAGAAACAUACAAUCAAACAACUUCCCCCAAAUAGAGACUGUAGACGAUAGUUGUACACAUUUAAGCGACAUGUGCUCGCGCUGACGCGGGCGCACGGAAACACACUGACACUUGUAUGCACACACUCAUGUACAAACAUGACACACGCGCGCAAUUAUAUAUGAGGCCUGGCAUGUGAAUUUUUAUCAAUGACUAUAAUGAUAUUGAUAUCAAUAGUAAUAAUAUUUAGAUUCCUGAUAUUUUAUAGCAAAUAGUAUUAAGAAAAUGAAAAAAAAAACAUAAAAAAGGACUAACAGUGUUCUUUUGUUUUUUAGAGACAAAAUGACCUCUUGUAUUUUUAUGCUGCUUUUUAUUUGCUAAGAAUUGAAUUCUUUUGCAACUGCCAACAUGAACUUUUUAUGAAAAUGUGAACUAUGACAGUAUUUGCAAAAAAAGGGAGAUCAUUUUCAAAGGUAAAAAGACAAAACCCCUUUUUUCCAGUGUUUCAAUUUAACGGAUGUUAUUUUUCUAUUUGAUUUUUCUAAAUUUAUUUUUUUGUGCUUCUUAUCCCUCGUCGGUCAAAAAGCAUCUUUGUAACUGUGGGUAGACAGGAGACGCUCGUAGGCCACAGGUCAUUGAAUUCACCCCUGCAGCAGCAGCAGCAGCGGUUUUAAAACGUUUAGCAGGCCUGUUGAACAGGUUAUCACGCACGCCGCCUGAUCCAAUCCAUAGUCUCACGCGACGCAGGGACGCAGACAAAACAAAGCGGAACCCGACCAAACGACCUAUUGUUAUAAGUGCCACGCGUGGUCGUCUAUAGCAAUCCAAUCUCCCGUUGUUCUUCCUCCACCGCGGUGGCUUGCAUAAACUUCGCUGCCUUCGUGGUGCACCGUCCAAUCCUAACAAGCAAUCUCCAGCCAGUGUUCGAGGUGCUUCCCCUCUGCCAGUGUUACCUCGGAGUGAAGGUAUGAAGUCACGCACCCUCAGUUACAAAGUGACACUCCAAUAAUUCUGUUUGUCUGUUUAUAUGUCGCUCGAAGCUCCGCCCACAGUUUAGAUGCAUCCAUCUAUUUAUCAUGUAAAUACUUUAUUUAUCUGCCUAUUUACAGUAUCUAUUUAUUUAUUUAUUUAACCUAUUUUUGUGUAUUUAUUGAAGACCUGCUUAUUUCUUAAUUAUCAUGUAUUUAUUUAUUGCUUUUAUUUAAAAAAAAAAAGAACAUUCAUUGACCUUGUAAGAUGCUGCUGAUCUUCAAAGAAAAUGUUUAUAUGCAUGAAAACUGUAGAAAGUCCGUGGGACUUAGUUUUUUAAAGAGGAACAAUGUACAGUACCAGUGAUAGAAGGCUUCCAAUGAAUUACUGCAGAGAUACAUGUGUUUUGUGGCAAUAACGUUACUGAUCCAGCAACUCCAAUAACACACCGUUCUGUUUUCAGAUGACUUAGGGCAAUAAAAAGAGACGAAUCAAAAGCUAAAAUCUCCAUCUUGCUGUUUUGCAAAAGCAUUGGCGGCCUCCACCCGAAUUCUGGCCCUUAUUUACAGCAUCUCAGGCAAUAAGCAACUCACAGAGACGGCCGACAGUUCAAAUGUAACAUCAUUACAGUAGAACCUGUAAAAAAAAAAACCUGUCAAAUGGAAAAGCAAUAAUAAUAAUGAUGCAAUGACUAUGAACAUUCAGUUCUUUAACCAGUGAAGUUAAAACUGCUAUUGUUAGUACUUUUAUUAUUUUUUUAUAUUUUUCAUUCUAUGGUGAAAAGCAAUCAGGUAAAACGUCCUCUGGCAGCUGACUUGAUUUGACUGAAUUCCUUUGUUGCAUAUUGAUUUCAUGACAGGAUUGUUAACGUCCUCGGUUAAGUGUUAGCCGGUAAAUAGAAUCAGAAUCAAAGCCGCCACUGCUUUGCACAGAUUCAGGGCCGUUUUAAAGAGCAAAGCAAAGCGAAUCCUGCUUUGCUGACAUAUCGAUGGCCAUACGUUCAUCACAGCGUAACUACUGCUAAAUGAUCGUGACACCACCUGUCGUUACAGAGAAAGUUUUUAUGUCUGCUGAAAUGAAACAGCCCCAAAUAAUGCACUUCUAGGUCCCUUCAUUUUGUCCCUCCGCUCCCCACUGGCCGCCCUCAUCUCGUCCCAACUGCCUCCAAACAGACGAGGCGGCGAUGGGAUGUGCUGAGGCGGGAUUGGCGGAGGGCGGCGGAGUGUGGGAGGAUAACAGGUGUUUGCAGACAGACUGCAGAUAGGGAGUGUAAUUGAGUCGGUGAGCGACCUCCAAGGGGAAGGUCAAGCACCAGCAGGCAAAUGCACUGUCAGCGAUUUGCAUAUUCCAAAUGGAUGCCACAGUCGCAGUGAUGCUGAGCUCGUCCUUAAAAACCAAAACCAAAAAAACACACACACACACACACACACACACAAAACCAGGGAUGAAUAGAAAAAAAAGAGGGUUUUCUGCUCUGUUUGUCCAUCUAGUCCUCCUGCUUCACCAUCAUCCUGUCAAUGGUCGCCUAAGUGCUACAGCUGAAUCAAUGCAUGAGAGCAUCAAACCACCUGUCCACUGAUUAACUUGCAGAACAUGCAGUUUGGCACGUCGCUCUUUUAUCCAGCUGAUGUUGAAAUCACUAGUUUUGUUAGAGGUGUUAACUAUUUUACAGUGGGCCCCAAAACCUGAAGAUAGUGUUUAAUUAAGGCAGAUAAAAGCAAUGAGAUCGUUAAAAACAUCAAUUGGAAAUAUAUGGCAGGCUUAAACUGUUGGUGGUACAGACUGUCCUACUUAAAGGAGGCACAAUUUGAUUCUAAACCUCUGAAUUUAAACGUAGGGAAACAUUGUUCCUCUUUGACCAUUUUGUAAAUAUCUCUGUAAAUAUAUCACAGCAAUAAUAUGACAAUGCAUGUAGACAUUUAAUUGCUCUUUUUCUAUUCAUGUUGUCUUUUUUUAUUAAAAAAAAAGACAAAUACAGGUACAAAUUGCAGUCUGGGUGGCCAUGUGAAUCAGGGAGUGUCUUGAUUAAAAUGCUAUCUGUUGUAAGUUACAAACAAAAACUUGUGUAUUCUCAAAGAUCUGAUCAUGUUCUGUAUAAUUUCUCUCUUCUUGUUUUCUUUUAUUUAUGUGCCCGGCUUGGCUGCGCAAUGAAAAAGUGCCAAAAAGUAUGAUUUCCAUGACAAAAGCCUUCAACAUAUGGUUGGCUGCUUAAAACCUUCCAUAUGGUCCUCAAAAAAAAAAACUGAUUAAGAUUUUCCACUUUCCUUCUCUCUGUCUUGCUCUCUCUCUUUAGCUUUCUCUCUCUGUUCCAGAUGAGUAUGAAGAAACUUAAGCCAUGAUUGCUGAGGGGUGUUUUGAUUUAUCUUGUUCUGCUACAAUAAUAAUGAUGACAACAAUAGCAAUGAUAACAUUAAUAAAAACAAUAGCACAAGGAAA